UUCGUCUCGCAAGCUUCAAAGCCAUGGUUGACACGGCUGUUUCCGUCCCUUCAUGCCAUGAAACAACGGCUGACAACAGCAAAAAACACGGUAAACUCUGGGCAUUCGAUGGCACCAUCAUGUUCAGAAACCAAGAGAAAUGACCGAUUACCACCUAUGCAGCGUGCUGCCACAAAUUCACCUCGUUUGUCAGCCAUCCAGUACGCCAAGAACAACGGCCCUCAAAAAAAGCACAACGAACUCGUUCUUGCUUUUUGCCAGCCGGCAUUUCUCGUUGAGCCAAGUGACACACUUGCGGAUAUUAGACGUCGGAUGUGGAACUGGUGACUUCACACGAGAUGGCCUAUUACCCUGCUGUCUACCAUGCGCAAAGAUAGUCGGCGUUGACGUCAGUCCCGAAAUGAUCGAGCACGCGAGGCGACACUCAGAACACGAGAAGAUCGAGUACGAAUUGUUGAACAUCGGUGGAAACGUUACAGAGUUUCUCAGGCGAUACGGACAUUUCGACCGAGUUUAUUCCUUUCUAUGUCUUCAGUGGCUAAAAGACCAGAGUACGGCAUUGAAGAACAUUGCGUCGCUGCUGUCUCCAGGAGGGCAGUGUCUCCUCGUGAUUCCCGCUUCCCAGCAACCAGCUGCUGUCUGGAACCGCCUAGCCCAGAUGGACCGCUGGAAAAAGUACUCAGAGAUAUUGACGAAGCACGUUUCGAAGAGCCACACCAUGAAAAGCAAAAAGGAGCAGUUGGCAUACAUGUCGGCGAUGCUACGUGAAGCCCACCUGUCACCCUCCAUUUUCGUCCUGCCCAGGCUGGUGACAUUCGAGGGAUGGUCGGAGGAGGAUGUAAUCGCGGCGCAUAUGGGCAUCGUUCCUAUCAACCUCCUCGUUGCUGAAGAAGAAAAGAAUCAGCUCCUUGAAGACGUCACGACGCUUGUCAAGGAAAUACAUGGCCCCGGAUCUGACCAGUCACUUUUCCGGAACUAUGUCAUCAUGGCUACAAAGUAUUAGAAGCUGCUAACUCGAUGCAUGCAUCUAGGAAACUCCUCUUGUAAGAAUUUAUUCGUGUAAUCUUAGUUUUCGAAAAGAAGGCUAUUUUGCCUUAGCUACUGUACUCGUCGGCUUCUUAGACAUUUCAAUAUCUUGUAUGUGUAUUUUGCUU